GGAGGACCACGUGAUCGCUCAUCCUGGACCAAUGAGUGAGCAGGCAGCGCUUCACGAGGAGCACUACUUAAGCGGUGUCCCGGGUCCCGCGACCUCAGCACGGGUUCGCCCCUUCAGCCGAUGCAUCCGCGCGAACGAGUUUGGAGAGACUUCUACAUCGUGACUUUUCGUUCGGACCAGUUCUCAGAAGCCACCUCGUGUUUGAGACCUCGCGUUAGCGUCUACCAUACUCCGGAAUGGUGUCCACAGCUGCGGUCGAGUUUAUGGCGGCAUCGUGUCGGGACGUGACGAGCUUGAACCAGACUGACAGGUGUGAGUUUGUUCGUUCUGAACCAUCAUGUGCCUCCAACAUGGGCUACGUCAACUACAUAGAGGGAAUCUACUGCCUCUUUGGCCCUGCACACUUCGUGGAAUCUCUCAUGCUCACGGUGAUGUGGUUGCUGGUGUUGUUCGUCGCCCUCGGCGUUACGUCAGGUGACUUCCUGACCCCAGCGUUGUUCGUCAUCUCAAAGACCCUCCGCAUGUCCCAGAACAUGGCAGGCGUCACACUCCUCGCAUUCGGCAAUGGUUCGCCGGACAUCUUCGCUGCCCUGGCGGGAGUGAGACAAGGAUCAUACGAGCUUGUCAUUGGAGGCCUUAUUGGUGGCGGUAUAUUCGUCACCACCGUUGUUGCCGGUUCGGUGUUCCUGGUGGCACCCUUCAAGUUGGCCUCCCGACCAUUCGUGAGAGACGUCGUGUUCUACUUCUCCGCCUGGGGCUUGGGCCUUCUACUUGUUUUUAUACGGGAUCGAUCACCACUGAUGCACGCUAUAGGUUUCAUCUGCCUCUACUGCGCAUACAUUACUGUUGUCGUCGUGAGUGGAAUAGUUUACCAAAGGUACCUGGUCAAAGAGCAGGAUCGCCAACAGCGAGACACAGAAAAAGCUGGCCACGAUGAAAAGCCUCCUAAGAACGAAGCAUCCACAGUUGCAAGCGAACUCACUUUCAAUGGAAGGCGGCACUCCUUAGAUGACCCGGAGCGGGCUUAUGUCGUGCCAAUCGCAUUCAGAUAUUUGAAAACCGAACCGAGCAAUGACAUUGAAGCUGCCCGGAAAAACACAGAGCCAGAUCCCGAUGAGGGCAUCUAUUACAUCAACCUCGGUGCUGACAGCCUUGAGGAGGAAGUCGACGUGGACACACUUACCAUUGCCGUCGACAAACCAAGGAAGAUCAUCAAAGCCGGACAAGCUUCCUUGCAUCCGGAGGAAGAGGAAAAGAGUUCAACGGGCCUUGUACUGGACGUGAUCAACAAACUUCUCUCCGUUAAUUUGGACGAGAAAGAGAAGGAACCGUUCCUGAUGUACCUCGUUAGCAUUUUUAAGAUCCCUGUAUUCUUCACUUUGGCAAUAACGACCCCUGUGGUGGACCUCACCCAGAAGAACAACAACUGGUGCCGCCCUCUCAACGUCAUCCACUGCAUUACAGUCCCUGUGCUCCUAGUCUGCGUCUUUGGGCUGGGCAAAGUGGAGAUCGGCGGCGUGGUUCCCCUAUGGACGGUUGUUGCCGCUGUAGGUGCCCUGAUCGGAGUGGUCGUGCUGUUAACGUCUGAAAAUGACAAGGCACCCAAGUACCACUUCGUAUUUGCCUACGCCGGCUUCUUUGUUGGCGUCGUGUGGAUCUACGUCAUCUCCAUGGAGAUCGUCGUCUUGUUGCAGGCCGUUGGCAUUGUGUUUCGCAUUAGUGAUGGAAUACUCGGACUGACAAUACUCGCAUGGGGAAACGGUCUUCUCGACUUUCUUGCCAACGUGAACAUCGCCAGAAAAGGCUACCCACGAAUGUCUAUCUCGGCCUGCUUUGGAACACCCUGCCUGACUCUUCUACUCGGUGUUGGAAUUCCAUCUAUUAUUCAGUUAGCCGGAACAAACAGCGUUCUUGUGCUUCGCUACACCAAGCUCAUCACGGUGCUCUUCUCUGGUCUAGCCACCAGCCUAUUGUCUUCAAUGGCCACAAUGCUGGCAACACGCUUCGAGAGCAAGCGCUUCUACGGUGGCGUGCUUCUUGCCAUUCUACUUCACGUUCCUCGUCGUUGCCGUACUUGUUGAAUCUGGAUUAGUGUGAAGAGACACACACAUAGAACACACAUGUCACACACGAAGCACAAAGUGCUUAAACUCAGUUUACUGCUGCCCUAAAUUUCACAACGGAAGGAAACGCAUGGGCAAAGUAUGAUGACACGGUUUGCACAGCUUUCAUGCACGUGUCCUUCGAAGCACUUCAUCAAUCUUGCAGUUGUGGUUAACAGGAGGGCGUGGUAGGUAACUGCAUCAGGUUUUGGCUCCAACAGUGAGUCCAUGAGCGGAAGCGUGUCAAGCUCUGUGGACAGAACUUACCGGGCAUUCGUGCUCUCAGCUAGUCGCUGUUUUUUUUUCUCUUAUUCCAGAGAGCCGGUCUUCAUAACUGGCGAAACUACAUGACGUCCACGCUUUGCACGUGGCAACUGAAAGCAAGACACGCGCGAGUCUAAGAACCACAGUCGUUUGAUCUUUGCAUUCUUUGGCAGCCGCCUAUUGUGAGCAGCUUAACUCGCACGGGUCGUCCCACCUAAUAAAAGCCACGGUGAAAUACCACACACACACACAAAUACCACACGAUGGCUCGUUUUUUUAAUGCAUUAAUUUUGUACAAAGCAGAAAACGAAAACCAUGACGUCUGUCUGCUUGUGCAUGGUGAGACUGGCGAAGGAGAGGUUGAUUUUUUGUUUUGUGUUCUUUCUCGCGUUCUGUGCACCAAGGACAAGGCUGCGCAUUGUAUACUCUUGUAUUUUAUUAGUUUCUGAGAGAACUCUUUGGUGCUGGGGAUGGUCUAGCAUUUGCUUCUGGGGACGGCAUUGAAAAGAAACCCUGAAACGAAUUGGAUGAUAAUAUAAAAACCUAUUGACAUGCAGCAACAGUUCUUCGAAUAGUAACAGACUGGUUCAUGGACUCUUAGUUUAACGUAUAAUUACAAGGCUUAAAGCAGCCACUCUGUUACAGCUCGCCGCUGUGCCACCACGUUGACUUUUCAGCCAACUCUUCAUUUGGGGCGCAUCAUGGUUUUGUGAUGUCACUCGUGCCGCUAAUCAUAUUGUCUUCUCGCCUUCUGUAUACCAGAGGAAACAACGAGAGUGACAGCGGUUGUAACGGCACUUAGUGGCGUCGAGACACACCAAGCAAUUGCGGGGCAUGGCCUCCACCAUCUUCCGUGCGCCGGCGGAACAUGGCGGAAGGCAGGGCAUAGCCCGUCAACUCAGUGAAGUUGUUGAGCAAGAAAAGCACGGUUUUGGAGGACUGUGGCCUUCCAGUGUCCCAUAGUUCCUUCCAUACAAUGUGCUUCCUGUGUUGAGAAUAAUGUACUCUAGUUCUAGGCUAACCAUGCACGAAAGUUCCAAAGCCGUUUCAGGGACAUUCCAACGUCGUCGUUGUGGGAAAACUACAUAAAUAUUUAUUUGCAUUUUCGUAAGGGCGAAGUAUACACACAGAUUGUUCCUGAAGCUCUCUUGAGCAUGUCCUUGCUCCUUCAAAUGUAUACGCGUUAUUUAUGUCGCGCGUGAUAAACUCGCAUUCUUCAAGUUACCGGGCUUGUACGACUCCUGUCAGUGGCAACAUUUCUUGUCGGAAUGAUCUUUUUUUUUACUUCUUUUCUGAAAAACUAACUACCCGUUAGAUCUGAAACACAAUCUUUUUUCCAGUCGUCUUUUCGCUUCUUUAGCUAUACAAUUUUGAAUCUCUCCCACUUCAACUUUAAGUAUUGGUGGCGUUGUGCAUGCGUUGUACACUUCACCGUCAAUACAACCAAUAGUCCUGACAUUUCUCGCUCCCAUAGUGUCGUUUUGCUUUUGCGGCACAAUUUUUUAUGAAAAAGCUGGCUGUGUUGACGCCUAGGCUAUGGUGAAUAAGCAAAGCACCUAUGAACACAACGAAGACGAAGAUGAUUUUCAUCCCCCGGUGCCGCCAUGGUCUGGCGUUUUCCGAAAUCUCUUAUGUGGAUACGUAUGAGCCGUAACGGGGAGUUGCUUGUUGAGACUAUUUUGCGCAUGCAUUUCUUACUUCUGUAUUAUUGUAAUACUAGUUGCAAUAUUUGUUCUGUACUGACCGCAAUAAAUUAUAUUCCUUGUUCCAAA